AUGUCAGGCCCGCUCCCAUUGGAGAUGCAGAGUAUCGACGAGUCUGAGCUGUGUCCAUUUUGCUCCAAACUGGAGGAGGUCAACAAGGAGGAUCAAGAGAAGCUCUGCCAGCUGAAGGUGAAAACAAAAAGCAAAAAGAAACUCUCCCUCGGGGAAUCGAACCCCGGUCUCCCGCGCUUAUCGGUGUUAAUGACAAGCGGAAAUCAUGACCACUAG